AUGGCCCCCUCCAAUCAGGCUCAGAAGUCUGUUAGGUUUGAGGACGAUGUUGACGCCGAAAAGCCAGGGGAUCUGUUGGCCAGCAUCAAGAAGUACUACGCGUCAUCAAAGUUCUCCGACCUAACCGUCCACACCAUGGACCAAGAGCUCAAGGUUCAUUGGCUGGUCGUCUGCGGGCAGUCCGAAUAUUUCUCACGUCUCUACGAAGGUGAAGGGCUGGAAUCAGGUAUGAAUGAGAUUUGUCUCAAGGAGGACGAACCCCGCGCGAUAGAAGCAAUGUUCCACUUCAUGUACGGAUAUGAGUACGACAGCAGCGGCAGCGACCAAGGCCGUGAGUCACCUAUGCUAUUUGCUGUCAAGGUGUAUCAGGUCGCAGACAAAUAUCAGGUCCCCCAGCUGAAGGACCGCGCGAGAGAGAAGUUCAAGUCUAUCGUGGAGACGUGCUGGCAAACGGACGACUUUCCAGUUGCUAUUGAAGAGGCAUACAAGCGGUCCAUUAAGGAAGACAGGGGUCUCCGAGACAUUCUUGUGAAGACUGCCAAGGGGAACAUCAAGGAACUGGACGCUAGCGAGGAUUUUCGGCUUGCGCUAGAGGAAACUACAGGGUUUGCCGCAGAUCUUGUCCACGCCAUGGCCAGAGACGAGGUCAGAAAGCCAGCAACAAUGCUUCGGUGCAACACGUGCUAUGUCGAAUAUCACUGGAAGACUACUCCGUUGGGGAGGUGGGGAGUGAGAUUUGUUUGA